ACAACAAGGGCUGCCUUUUAUGUUUUAUUUCCCGUCGUUCUUCCUCGCAGGUAUAAGAGGCCCCACGAUCGCCUAAAGUCGCGAAACGCGACGUUUCGAUAAGAUGCCGUGGACGCGACACGAUGUCGAAAUAAGUGAAUUCGUUGGAAUACUACUAUCGUGAAUAUGCCAAACUGUAUGUUCAAAUUCACCCAGCGAGAGUAUCGCAUCGUUACCAUCACAAUGAGUGCAUGCGUUGUGAGACUUGCGCGAAAAUAACGAUCGAUAUUUCGUUCUACGUAUACAUGCACUACGUGAUCAUUCUCUGUAAUGCGACGCGACGGAUGUAGAUAUCAGAGAAAUGUCAAGUACUAAGAUUACAGAAAAAUGUUGUUCUUAUUUAGAAAAAUACAACAAAUCAAUAGUACCAUUGGGAAAGGAGGAGGGAAUCUGAAAUUCAUAGCAACUUAUUUGUUAGGAAAUUUUUGCAACAUAAGAUAUAAAAUAAAAAAAUUCUCGCAUGAUUGUAUUCAUAAACAUCUAUAUACAUCGAUUAUGGAUUCAGACGGUAAAGAGUUAAUAUCUGUUGUACAAUGGGGAUGUAUCGGUAAUCGAAGCAUAGAAAAAUAUACUUUAAAAAAUAAAGUGGGUCAAGAAGUAGAUAUUAUAACGUAUGGUGCGACGAUAACAUCUAUUAGAAUACCAGAUAAAUAUGGAAAUAUAGCAGACAUCGUCUUGGGUUUUGAUAGCAUAGAAGAAUAUAUGAUGCCUUAUAAUCCAUAUUUUGGUGCGACAGUAGGAAGAGUUGCGAAUCGUAUAAAAAAAGGAGAAUUUAUUCUAAAGGGGAAAAAAUAUCAUUUAACUAAAAAUGAAGGACAAAAUCAUCUUCAUGGUGGUACCAAGGGUUGGAAUUCAAAAAUUUGGCAUGCGGAUGUUCAAUAUAAUCAACUUGUAUUGUCUUUAUUAAGUGAAGACGGUGAUGAAGGUUAUCCUGGUGAUACCAUAGCUUCAGUCAUUUUUCAAUUAACCAAAGAUGGAGAAUUAUGUAUCGAAAUGAAAGUCUUCGUUACCAAAGCUACUCCUAUUAACUUAACUAAUCAUAGUUAUUUCAAUUUAGCUGGCCAUACUGGUAACGCAUGUGAACUAUAUAAACAUCAAUUUACUAUAAAUGCGGAUCACUGGACAGUCACCGAUGCCGAAAGUAUUCCCACUGGAGAAAUUCGUUCUGUCGAUGAUUCUGUAAUGGACUUGAGAAAUUCAACCAUACUUGGAGAUGUCAUUGACAAAGUACCAGGAGGUGGUUACGAUUAUAAUUUUUGUUUAACGAUGAACGAUACUGAAAAUGAAAAAAAUCUAGUUGCUACUGUUUUACAUCCGACUUCUGGCAGAUAUUUAAAAGUUUUUUCAAAUCAACCUGGAAUACAAUUUUAUACCGCUAACUUUCUUCCUGAAUCUACUGGUACGGGUAUUCGAGGAAAGAAUGGAAGCGAAUACUUUAAACAUGCCGCGUUUUGUUUAGAAACGCAAAAUUAUCCGAAUGCGAUUAAUCAUGAAAAUUUUCCUAAUAGUAUACUUGAACCUGGAAAAGUUUAUCACCAUAUUGUUGUAUACAAAUUUGGAAUAAUUGUUUAAAAAAUAUAUCAAUUUUUCAUAACUUAAUUCUUAUUGAUAAAAUUAAUUAUUGUACUAAUUUUUAUUAAAUCAUAUUAAUAAAAUAUAAUAAUCAUAUAUUAAAA